UCUUGCCUGCGCACGCGCACCACGCCCGUUCGCGCGCCCGUCUCUGCAAAAGGUUCCUUUUUUUUUUCCACCUUGGUCGAGUCGCUUCCACCAUGGCGGAGAUGGCAGAGCUUUGCGAGCUGUACGAAGAAAGCAACGAGUUGCAGAUGGACGUGCUGCCCGGCGAGGGCUAUAUGGAGGUAGGCCGCGGGGCCCGCGGGCCGGCCCCGGAGGAGGGCCCCAUGGAGGAGGAGGCCGGGCCGGCCGCCGCCCGCGCCCAGCGCGGUCUGUUCCCCGAGGCUGGCGCGGACCUGGAAGGCGACGAGUUUGAUGACUGGGAGGACGACUACGAGUUCCCUGAAGAGGAGCGCUGGAGCGGCGCGAUGCACAGGGUGUCCGCCGCCCUGGAGGAAGCCAACAAGGUGUUCCUGCGAACCGCGCGAGCCGGAGAUGCCCUGGAUGGCGGCUUUCAGGCGCGGUGUGAGAAGAGCCCUUUCGACCAGCUAGCUUUUAUCGAAGAGCUGUUUUCGCUGAUGGUUGUCAAUCGACUGACCGAAGAGCUCGGUUGUGAUGAGAUCAUUGAUCGAGAGUAAAUGCUGACGAGAGAGGAGGAAACUACCUGAGAGGGAGAGAUUCAACAUUCUGCUAUUUUGGGGUUCAUUCCAAAUAGUUCUGUGCAAAAAAUAAAAACAGUUGGUUUUUGUUUCUCGGAAUAGAAGACGGGACAGUGAAUGACCAUGCAUUGUGGAAAAGGAGAAUCGAGGAAGGAGGAGUGUUAAACCUGAGAAUCGCGAGGAGAAAAAGACCAAAUCGUUCCUCUUUGGUCUCACAGGGGCUCAGCAAAAACCUCUGGUUCAGACUGUUGAUCGAGAUGAUUUUCCUUACAUUGGAGAAGAGCUUUCUCUGUUAAGCUUUUAAAGAUGGUUUGGAAGAGUAAAUUGUGACUACCAAUACAAGAAUCUAAUUAAAGAAUGGGGGGAAAUACAUUCCAAGAUGUCUUUAAUUCGAACUGAAAGGCUAUUGAAAAAAAAAAAAACUUUCCAAAUUCUUUUUGGUGAUUUAUACACAUCAGUUAUCAAAAGCUAAACUUGAGGUUUAAGAUUGAGUAUUCAUCUACCCCACAGAGUAGUCCAAGUAAAUGUGGGUAUAAAUGUAGACGUGUUAUCAUGUGUGCUGUCAUCUUAAAAUGUGUUACAAACGCUUCUGGAAUUUUGACUGCACAUGUAUCUUCAUGAUUUAUAAAGCUACUGUGACCUCUAAUUUGGAAAAACCCAUUGUAAUGAUUUUCAAAGUAAAGAAAGAAACAGGAUGUCUUUUUAAGGUUUUAAGUUCAUGCAUUAAAUAAAAUGUAUGGGAAAGCCCAAAGACAAACUUUCUAAUACCCUUUUAUACUAGGGAAAUUUCACUUGCUGUUUUGUACCUUGACAGAUGGUAAGACUAUAACUGAAGUUCAUAUUGUAAGAACUGUUUGCUAAAAUUGUCAAGUAAAAAGAAAUCCUGCCUGUAUCUAUAAAAAGAUGUAUGAGCUAUUAUGUUGUCAAACUUUGAAGGUUUUAAACCUACCCAGAAGUCCACCUGGGUGUCUGAUAUUCAUAUUCUCUCUCUCCCUCUCUGCCUCUUUCUUCCCCUCCCCCUCCCUUCUUCUAAUUAUGCUUGUUAAUCUUUAUGCACCAGCAUUGGCGAUAAUAAAUUUUCUUGUUCUGUGUAUUUUGCUUUGUCUAAUAGCUUUGCAUACAUGCUUUAUACAGGAUUCUCUUGCUGUGUGUGCCACGCCUCCAUCUUGAUAUUUAAACAUCCAAUGCUUACAAUGUAAACCAGUAUCAAAUAUCCAAAAAAUGGGUUCUGGGAUGUUAAAGCAAAUUUCAGAGUUUUCUGGAAGACCCGCUCUGUGAAUGUGAUGCUAUGGCUUAAUUGAUGCUGAAGUUCCUUGAGAAGAAAAUGAUGUAUUAGCACGAUGUCCCUGCUGAUGCCACCAUGGCAACCAAUACAGAACAGAGCUGAGACAGUAGGAUAACUCCUGGGUUUCUGUGGGGUUGGUUGGUUGGUUUUACAGUCAUCUUGUUUGAGAGGCUGCCGAGGUGGUUCAGUGGGUAAAGGUACCUUCUGCCAUAUAGCCAAGCCUGAUGGCCUGAGUUUGAUCUCUGGGGUCCAUGUGGUGGAGGGAGGGAGAGAGACCUCCCCCAAGAUUGGGCAGGCCUGUUAGUAAUUUUAGACCCUCACCUGGGAUUUUAGUUGCUCCUGUACCUCCAAAGCACCUGUACAUAAUUUUGCCCCGGUUACAUGUGGUUUCAGAAGGUGCUAAAACACAAAAGGUGGGAGGUUGGCUGAUGUUAGGUGGGGACUCGUGUUUGGGAAGCUGUCACCCAUGUUAGGGUAGGACAUUUAGAUAGAGCCGCUACAAACACUUCCAUGGGUAACCCCUCAGCCCUCUUUUUUACUCACCCAAUAAAUUGCCUCACUAGUUGGACUUGAGGGAAUCAUUUAUUGAUCUGUUAUUGGUAUUUACCUGCUGUAAAUAGACUUUUGUUCACAUCUCCACAGAAAUAUAAUACAAAUAUCCAUAAA